AUGGCAAGUAGCGAAUCUGUGAAGGACAUGACAAACAAGUUUGACAAACUGAACAAGUUUGGAGGGCAAGAUUUUCGUACAUGGCAGAAGAAGAUGCAUUUUCUCCUCGCUACUCUGAAAAUGGUGUAUGUUCUGAGUACACCCAUGCUAGGAUUUAUUGAAGAUGAAACUUUGGAGGCAACAAGAAGAAGGUCAAAGUGGGAUAAUGAUGACUACAUCUAUCGUGGUCAUAUUCUCAAUGGUAUGUCUGGUUCUCUAUUUGAUAACUAUAAAAAUGUUGAAACUGCAAAAGAAUUGUGGGAUUUUCUUGAAUCCAAGUACAUGACUGAAGAUGCUUCAAGCAAGAAGUUUCUUGUAAGUAACUUUAUGGGUUACAGGAUGACUGACUUCAGGCCUGUUAUGGAACAAUUUCAUGAAAUGUUAAGGAUCUUGGGACAGUUUACUCAACAAAAUCUGAAAAUGGAUGAAACCAUUUUUGUGGCUAUGAUCAUUGAUAAACCGCCUCCUUUCUGGAAAGAUUUUAAACAUAAUCUGAAACAUAACAAAGAAGAAUUAACUUUGACUCAAUUUCGAAGCCAUUUACGGAUUGAAGAGUCCUUAAGGACUCAAGAACUUGAUAACAAUCCUUAA